UAUUCACAUGCAGUUUAAAAUCUAGACAUUUUAUAUAUAUAUGUAUUUUAUGCCUGUAUGAUUACAAUGAAAAAUUUCAUUCGUUAUUCUUUCGGGUUGUUUGCAAUCGUUUUGGAAAUAUGCGCUAUCACGAAACCGAUUGAUGUAAGACUCACAGAUGGACAAGCGGGAAAUCAAGGCCGAGUUGAAGUAAGGAGACACGCUGGUGAAAGAUGGGGCAAAGUUUGUGAUAUGAACUUUGGGGAAAAUGAAGCGGCGGCAGUAUGCAGGCAACUGAACUAUAAAUAUUCUCGAAAAGAUGACAAAGUCUUUAUUCCUGAUUACCCCGACUAUCAACUAGAAAACUUUAAGUGUGAAAAAAACGGAAGCAAUUUUUCAGACUGUAUUAGUGAUGAGUGGAAGACUGGUUUUGGUAAAUGUGACCCAAAGGACAAUGCUUACGCCAGCGUCUGUUGUUCGAAUUCGUCGACGUUUGGCGAGACCCAUGAUGGUAUAUUUAUAAGUCAUUGUGCUGAUACUUGGAUAGAUGCCGAGGAAAUUUGUGAAGAAAAGAAAGCGACAAUAGCCAGUUUAAAUGAAUAUAAACAAAUAAUCGGGCCUAUUCAUACACCGGCGUUGAACAGCGACAGUGAUAAGAAAGUCUAUUGGACAAAGAGCUUUUUUACUCCAUGGAUUUGGUCAAACGGCUGCUUCAAGUUUACAACAGAGACAUUUGAAUAUCAGGAAUUCAACUUAGAUAAUAACACCGCUCAAGCAUGUCUGCAAAUGUGCAGUAUCGAAUCGCAACCAUCAUCAUUCCUUUUAUCAGGACAAUUUUGCCGUUGUUUGCCAACUCAAUCAUUGAAAUCCAACUUAGACGAGGUAUUACCGAGAUGGUGCAAUAGGAAAUGUUUUGGGGACACUUUAUUUUUCUGUGGAUCUGGAUUAUCCAGCCCAGAUCCUUACUGGAGUCUUUAUACUAUAGCAUCUGAAGAUACAUUCCAUAAGAUAUCGGAACCACAUACCAAUCAACAUAAGCAAUGCGCUAUUUUAGAAUCAUCCAAAAAAUUAUCAACCGAGAACUGCUAUAAACGAGUUGGAUACAUUUGUGGACAAAUUUUUCCAGGAAAAAUGACGUUACCAAAGCUCAUGUUCUUCCGAAACAGUCCGUUUUAUGAAGUAUAUAUGCAAGAAGCUAGAAUGAAAUGUACCAACGAUGAUAGCACGAUGAGACUAAUCGGAGAAAAUAUUUUAAAACAAGAUGUCAAUUUCUCCCAGCCAUUUUUAAAUUUAUGGGUUGAUAUUUCAAGAGUUCUUGCAGAUGCUUACUCAAUAUAUUGGGACCCGAUAAAUACUGGAGAUAAAAGCCUAUGGAGAAAUCUCGAGCCGAGGUGGUGCAGGGCAACUAGGCAGGGAGACAUCUACUUCUCUGAUGCGAUUACGGCUUGCAAUACCCGGUUACGAUACAUUUGCUCAAUGGCUGGCUCAGAUGGUGGACAAACAGGCACUUCGAUAAGUACCACAGUUAAUCCAGGUGAUGGAAUGACAACCAAUGCUAUAAUUACAACAGGUAUAAAUUUGAAAUGUUUAAAAGCUUUUUAAAUAGCCUUUGUUCAG